CCUCUUCAUAAUAACGUCUCGCCAAAUUAUACAGUGACUCGCGCUUCUUCUCGUCUCUCUACGCUUUAUUGUACAUGUCAUUGUUGGUGCAAUUUUGCGAUAAAACGAUGCAGUUGACACUUGUGCUCGCGAUUGCAUUUAUGCUACGUGAUGCCUCUACCAGUGCUCAUGAGUUGAACGAGGACGUGGAGUCGGGGGUGCAGCAGGCUUGGCAUCGCGUCCAAGCCAAUGUCGAGCAAGUGCGCGACGAGCUCGACAGUUUGAAGAAAGAAGAAGCACUGCAAAAAUUUAAAAAAAUUUUGGGAAUCCAUAGUAGACAAUCAGAACAACAUCGCGAAGAACUUCCACCGCAAUUCAUGACGGAACUUUACAAUACAGUAACAAACUCGGAAGGAAAAACACGAAGAAGAAAUCCUUUCAAUGCCAAAAUCGUUCGAAGCUUUAUUGAAAAAGAUACUUCGUCCUCCAACGUGUAUCUUUUCAAUAUAUCUGAUUUGGAUGAAAGCGAAGCAAUGUUAGAGGCGGAAUUGCACUUGUAUCGAAGGCGUUCAUCACCAGAAUCAAUGCAUCCGUCAGUUCUUACAUCACCGCACUAUUUGAUAAAAGUUUAUCAGAUUUUAGCCGACAGGAACAUCAAUGAGCCAGAUCUUCAUAGACUGUUAAAUGUUCAUUAUGUCGGGGCAUACGCUUCUGGAUGGCAGGUAUUCAACGUGAAACAAGCAGUUCUUUCAUGGCUCUCAAAUUCAGCGAACCUUGGCCUCCUUGUAAUAGCAACGACAAUUUUCGGCGACAGAGUGACAGUAGACUUUUCACGACGCGGCGACGAGUCGCAUAACAAACAACCUAUUCUAGUUCUGUUCAACGACGAUCGUGUAAAUGAUCAACCGCUACUGCUUGACGAAGAUGAGGAAGAAGAUGAGCUCGACGAAGCACUGAUAGAGAGAAAAAAACGACAAAUUGACGGACAGCUGGAAUUAGUACCGGAAUACGAUGAAGAAGAGCGACCGAUUUACUUCCGCAGAGAGAAAAAGAGUCGUGGACCUAAGCUACGCGAUGAGAAUGCUAUUGAGAUUCCUAGAGGGCACACUGGAAUAGUGUCAAGACGUAGAAGUUUUGAUCAAACAUUAACCUCGAUGGACAUCUAUCAGCGAGCGAUGCUCAGAGAAAAAUUGAAGUCGCGAAAGAAGCCCAUGCACGAGAGCCAACAACGUCGUCGACACAGCGAGACAGGGCAAAGAUCAAAACGAGAAGUUGCCGAUUCGCCGAGUCAGUGCCGCAAAGUUGAAACUGAACCAUGCUCCAAACGUGAACUUUACGUGAACUUCAAGGAGAUUGGUCUUACGGAGAUUAUUGCACCCGAGGGUUACGCUGCAUAUCAGUGCAGCGGACAUUGCAAGUCGCCACUCAGUCAAGAACAAAAACCCACUAAUCAUGCGACCAUACAGGGAAUAGUGCAGAAAAUGAAUCUCUCUCAAAAUGAAGGUGUCCAGAUGCCAUGCUGUGUUCCAGUAAGUUUGUCAAGUAUCUCAAUUCUUUACCACGACAAUGACAAAGAUGGAGUAGUAUUGAAAAGUUAUGAAGAUAUGUCGGUGGUUAGUUGUGGAUGCCGUUAAAACACUGACGGUUAUCGAUGAACUUUUGUAGGGAAAAUUAUGCUUUAACGGAAAUGUAUAUAAUUUUUAGCCAUUUAAUUUAAUAGAACUAUGAAUAUUUUAUUGCUUGUGUCGCUCAAGACUUUAGUAGUAUUCGGAAGUAAGACAGCACAAGCGCAUAUAGAAAAAAUUUAAACAUUCCUAAAACAAACUUGAUUGAAUUUCAAUGCGAUAUUCUCCAAGGAUCGUUAUCUUACUGCAAAUGUAGACAAAACCGUGAAAAAAUUUUGUAUUUGUUGCUCAUCGGCUUAUGAAUUAUUUAUACGUUUGCUUUGUAUAAGUAACUUAAUUUUUUAUAUAAGGCCCAUAAUUACAUGAGCCAUGGUGGUAAAAUUAGAACAUAAAUUUAUUGUCUAUUUAAAAUAUAAACGUGAGAAGUGUUCAAGACGA